CUGAUCUCAUAACAGUCGAAAAGGCAGUCUCUGACAUUUAAUCACACCUUACACCAAAGACCAGCCACAAGUCAGAGAACAAUUUUUUUAUCGACACUCCACGGCAGGUGAGACACUCGGGUCACACAGUCGGCGGGUUCCAGUAAGAUAAACAGCCUCAGUGAUGUCAGCACCGGGUCACCCGACAAGGCUGUUUGAAGCUGAGAAGGUUAAGGAGCUGGUGACAGCAUGACUGAGAAGCAAACUCGGGACUAAUAUCUGACUACCUACUGUAGAUACCACAUACACAGCAAAAACAGGUGCGUAUUGCUCAAAACCAGAAAGCUGUGCACCUGGCCGAGGCUGAACAUGGAGUCCGCUUUGAGAGUGAGAUGGGAAUCUGAGGUGGAGGAGGAGGAGAUGUCUCCCAGAGGUCUGGCAAUGCGUCGCAAACGAGAAUUCAUCCCAGAGGAGAAGAAAGACGCGAUGUACUGGGAGAAACGCCGCAAGAACAACGAAGCGGCCAAACGUUCGCGUGAAAAACGAAGGGUCAGCGACUACAUGUUGGAGACGCGGUUGGUUUCGUUGAGCGAGGAGAACGCUCGGUUGCGAGCAGAGCUGUUGGCUGUGAAGCUUCGGUACGGUGUGCUGAAUCCCGGGUCACCUUACUCCUCACCUCAGAGGGCCCUGUCUCAUACGUUUCCCACCUUGACUCCACAAUCUCUGGUUUCUUGCGCAGACAAAGAUUUCUAUUGGGGUAAAAGACAAGAUAGGGAGACUUCCAACCUUUCUGGAAACCAGCAACCACCCAUCUGUCUCGGUACCCAUCCCGGGUCGGCAUUUCUGCCCACGCACCCCAUGGCUAUACGAAGAAAUUUCCCAUAUUUGCUAGACCUCCCCAACCUCCAUUCUCCAACAACAGCACCUUUACUCUUUUCUCCACACCUCGCUCCGCCAACCGGUCAUUGGGCGGGGCGACCCCUGCUUCAUCCAGCGAAUCACAGGAUCUUGUCCGACGAGGAGGGUGAACAGCAGGUGCCGGCGGAUUGUACUGCCGCGCUACCUCACAAACUCAGAUUGAAGACGCAACGUACAGACAAUGGUGCUAAAUCUGCUUCGCCGACCCCAGUAUAUGUAUCAGAUUGAAAAGCAAAACUGAAAAAGUCAUGUUUACGCUUUUGCAUUAUUGGCUUGUUUUCAAGUAAACAUAUCUGAACAUUUCUAUUCAAGAUGCGUUCGGGUAGUUGACAAAUAUAUAGCACAUGUGUCUUAUGGUGUGACGUGGCAAAAAUCUUGAAUACAAACUGUUAAUAAUAUAUUAUUUUAUAUUAUUAUAAAAAUAGCAUAUGAGAGACUUAUCCUCACAGGGUUUUAUUUCAAAAAUAUUGCUGUCACAUCCUAGGACAGAUUUACACAAUUAUUUGUCAACUACUCAUUAAUCUGGAAAAUAUCUGAUAAACAUCUUAGAAAAAUAUGUUUUAUACAGUAUAUUUAAAAUCAUAAACAUCUUUCAGACAUCUUCUAGAUGUCUAUAUGACGUCUGACAGGAAACGUAUUGCAGAUUGCGAACAAUCAAAAAAAUACCCCUUGCAGAUGUACACUAAAUGCAGACAUCUAGUAGACGUCUCCAAGAUGUAUGUGUGCUUUCAGGGAUGGAAAAGAGAUCCGACAAAAUUAAGCAAGGUUUACACUUAAAGUAUUCAAAAAACUAGUAAAACAAAGUUUAGUUAUCAAAAAGUUUUAAUUGCUGUUAAGCAUUAUUAUCAAUACAUUUAAAAUGUUCCCAGUGAAGCAGGAGACUCGUGGCUAAAAUGACUGACUAGUCAAUAUCAGUCAUAAAUAAUGUCAACAAUGAGUCAUUUGUUUUAAUCACGUCAUCACGUCUUUAUUUUCCUGCCAAGUUGAUUGACUGUAAUGUUGCUUAUCAAAAAUAUUUGCGAAAGGUCAAACUGAAGUCACACGGACAUUGAAAUGGUUAUGUUUGAUGCCUGAUCUAUUUUUGGAAAAACUCACUAUGGUUUCCAGAAGGAGUUCGGUUGACCAUCUCUUUCUUCUUAUUGGUUGUUUAAAAGCAUUUGUUGCGCAGGUGGAUAUUUGCAUGUUUGUCAUUUUAUAAGACUUCCAUUUUGUCUUAUCCAUCUGGCCGAAUCAUGUGACAUUUCGUUCAUGUGACAUCAAAUUUGACUCAAGAAUUAGCUGUGUUUUAAACAGCAUACUAACACAAAAUAUGACUUUUCUUCGCAGUGCAUACAGUAUGCUUACAUGUAGGUAUUUGGCACAUAGUAAACUAGUGUUUUAUUCCAAACAUAUCCAGUGUGUUGGUCAACAUGGCUCCAUUUGCCCCCGCUGGAGGGUGUCGGAACUACACCACCUGGUUCUCCAUAGAUAAACUUGGUUGAGCGCUUGAAAAUCUGAAACUUAAAAAAUGUUGGGUUGCUUCAAGCCAUGGUUGGCUAAAAUAUGCACAAAUGCACGUGCUGGUUUAAAUUCAGCUAAGGCCUUCCAUGAAAAACAUAAUUUUCAUCCAACGUGACAUCCAGAGCAAACAUUCAGUAGUAUGAGUGUUUAGGUAUCAAACCCAUAAACAUAAUAGUGUUGCUAAUGCAUUUCAUAGAAUUAACAGCUGAGCUACACAUAUACAUAAAGCACAUGUACUGUCAAUAAAGUGCUACUGAUGUUAAUUUGCUGUAAACUUGCUUCAAUUCUGUUUGAUUGUGUGUCGUUUUCUUAUCACACAAUGCGUAUAUUCACAAUAAGUGUUUAUUGAUGAUGCUUUGUUCAAAUUGUGCUGUCCUAAUAUCAGAUUGAGUGGCCGGUCAUUUAAGCAUUGCCUUUUAUCUUUCUUUAUUGACACAAUGACGAUACUUGUUUGUGAGAUAUUACCUCUUAUUCCGGUUUUCUCUGGUAAUCAUUCACUGCAAAGCAUGUGAGAAGCGUUAUGAAAAUAAAUGUGAAUUGUUUGUGAGGUAUCAACUGGCAUCGUGAAAUAUAUCUUUGUCUUUUUAUUUUAGGGGCUGUUUUUAAUGACUACUUGAAUAGACAUAGUCAUUUGAACUUGUUUCUAAGAGCCAUUUUUUCAGAUUAGUCAGGUUGCAACAUGCUACUAGAUAGUUCUUCAUUUUGUAUAAUGAACAACAGAUUGUUUGUUUCAAUGUAUUAUGCAGUGUGUUUGUUUUGCAUUUACUUACAGUACAUUCAGAAUAAUGACUUCAUAUGCCAACUGUACGCAUGUUAACAACAACUGUUGACUGAUAGGUCAUUAGCUCGGAUGCUAAUUAUCAAGGAUAUCUGAAAUUCAUAUGAAAUAACAUUUGCAUGUUCACUUUUGAAUUCAAGUCAGCUUUGCUUACAGAAUGCAUUUUUGAGAACUUAAGAUCUAUGGCUCAUAUACUGUAAAACAAAUAAAUGUGAUACUGUUUAAUGUAGACGUAUUUAAUCAACAGAUUUCUUAGGCUCUUUGCUUUUCUGCCAUACUAUGUAGUCACAAAAUUGUUUUAUUGACGUUCUUUUUGUAACUUUUACAAAACAUUUUGUAAGGUUGUAUUAAAUGUGUGCUCAUCUCAUCUUGAUUUUUUUACAAUAAAUCUA